UAUAUAUAUAUAUAUAUAUAUAUACACACACACAUAAACUGCUUGUUCUCUCUCUCUCUCUCUCUCUCUAACCCUUAAAAAAAAAAAAAAAAAACAUUGCAGGCUUACAAGUAGUUAUUUCUCUUACAAAGAUGGCUAAGAAAAAGGUGGUUCUUAAGGUCAAAUUGAAUGAUCCCAAGAGGAGGCAAAAAACACUUCAAAUUGCUGCUGGAUUUCCUGGUAUUACAUCUGCAUCAGUGGAAGAUGAUCGGAUCGUAUUGGUCGGCGAUGGGUUAUUCGACCCAGUAACCCUAACGAAUGUGCUGAGAAAGCGCGUAAGCUGCUGCGUGGAACUGAUCAGUGUUGGAGAAGAGAAGGAAAAGAAAAAGGAAGAGAAGAAACCAGCCGAGUGUAUUGUGGUACCACCACCACCAUACGCAUGUAUUGUUCCAGAUUAUGGCUAUGACAGUUAUUGCACAGUUAUGUAGAAACUAGUCUAGUGAUUAAUUAUUAGGGCACUUGUUAGCUUAAUUUCCUACUUUAUUUUUCUUAAAAUUAGUUUCCAUCAAAUUUCAUCUAACAGUUUGGGUUUUCUUUUUCUUUUUUUUUUAAGGAUUUAAUUAUAUGAAUUUGUGAUUAUAGUAACUUGUUAAUUAAGUUGAUAAAGAUCGUUGCUAUUUUU